GCCCCGCUGCCCGCCCGCACCGCCCGCACCGCCCGCACCGCCGCCACCAUGAAGAAGCAAUUCAACCGCAUGCGCCAGCUCGCCAACCAGACCGUGGGCAGAGCCGAGAAGACUGAAGUGUUGAGCGAAGAUCUCCUGCAGGUGGAGAAGCGCCUGGAGCUGGUGAAGCAGGUGUCCCACAGCACCCACAAGAAGCUGACAGCAUGUCUGCAGGGCCAGCAGGGCGUGGACGCCGACAAGCGCUCGAAGAAGCUGCCGCUGACGACGCUGGCCCAGUGCUUGAUGGAGGGAUCUGCUGUGCUGGGAGAUGACUCCCUGCUGGGGAAGAUGCUGCGGCUGUGCGGGGAGGCCGAGGACAAGCUGGCACAGGAGCUCAUCCACUUCGAGCUGCAGGUGGAGAGAGACGUCAUCGAGCCCCUCUUCGUGCUGGCUGAGGUGGAAAUCCCAAAUAUCCAAAAGCAGAGGAAGCACUUGGCAAAGCUCGUGCUGGACAUGGACUCCUCCAGGACGAGGUGGCAGCAGUCCGUGAAGUCCUCGGGCCUGGCCAGCAACCUGCAACCCUCGGGCGCCAAAGCCGACGCUCUCAGGGAGGAGAUGGAGGAGGCAGCCAACAGAGUGGAGAUCUGCAGGGACCAGCUCUCGGCUGACAUGUACAAUUUCGUGGCCAAAGAAGUAGACUAUGCAAACUAUUUCCAAACUCUGAUCGAGGUGCAGGCCGAGUACCAUCGCAAGUCCUUGGCGCUCCUGCAGAACGUGCUGCCCCAGAUCAAAGCCCAGCAGGAGGCGUGGAUGGAGAAGCCCUCCUUUGGGAAGCCCUUGGAAGAGCACCUGGCUGUCAGCGGGCGGGAGAUCGCCUUCCCCGUGGAGGCGUGUGUGACCAUGCUGCUGGAGUGUGGGAUGCAGGAGGAGGGUCUGUUCCGAGUGGCUCCCUCGGCCUCCAAGCUGAAGAAGCUGAAGGCAGCCCUGGACUGCUGCGUGGUGGACGUGCAGGAGUACUCAGCUGACCCUCAUGCCAUCGCAGGAGCCCUCAAGUCCUACCUGCGAGAGCUGCCAGAGCCCCUCAUGACGUUUGAGCUGUAUGAGGAGUGGAUCCAGGCCUCCAACAUCCCAGAGCAGGAGAAGCGGCUCCAGGCUCUCUGGAAUGCCUGUGAGAAGCUGCCCAAAGCCAACUACAACAACAUCAGGUAUGUGAUUAAAUUCCUGGCCAAGCUGACCGAGUACCAGGACAUGAACAAAAUGACACCGAGCAACGUGGCCAUCGUGCUGGGGCCCAACCUCCUCUGGCCACAGGCAGAAGGGAACAUGACGGAGAUGAUGACGACCGUGUCGCUGCAGAUCGUGGGCAUCAUUGAGCCGCUCAUCCAGCACGCCGACUGGUUCUUCCCUGGAGACAUUGAGUUCAACGUGACAGGCAACUAUGGCAGCCCCAUGCACGUCAACCACAACGCCAACUACAGCUCCAUGCCCUCCCCGGACAUGGACCACGCCGACCGCCGGCAGCACGACCAGGCGCGACGGCCCCUCAGCGUGGCCACGGACAACAUGAUGCUGGAGUUCUACAAGAAGGAUGGCCUUAGGAAAAUCCAAAGCAUGGGCGUCAGGGUGAUGGACACCUCGUGGGUGGCUCGCCGAGGCACCUCCGCGGGACGCAAGGCAUCCUCCGCCCCUCCGUCCGCCCAGCCCCCCGCGCCGCCCGCCGAGCUGCCCCCCACGCCCCACUCGCCCAUUCCCGAGCAAUCGCCGGAGAUUUCAGCCACGCCUUCCCCGCCUCCCACCAGCUUCGGCUUCCCGCCGGGAACCGAGCGGACAAGGUAAGGCCACCAGCGCCCCGUGUCC